GGCCAUCGUUUGCACCUGAAAAAACUUCUGGAUAAAAACAAUGAGGAAAGAUUGGAGAAGUCGGGUGUAGAUGCAGGAAGGCAUGCAUGCUGUGCGGAGGCCACCUCGUGGUUCACCGGAGAACCGCGAAGAGGAUGGCACCAAGACACGGAAGUCCACUUUCCAUCUCGGCAGAUUCGCAGCUAGACUGAUUAACUGCCGGCCAGAGAACCUCCAUAUGGGGCACCCCCUAACAAUCUCCCUACUUCUGCUUAUACUCGUCGUCGUCUUUCUCAUCAUCUUAGAUUUGUCCCGCCCGGCCGUCUGCAUCUACUCCAACGCUGGUUCCUCUCUAUUUUCCACCGGUGGCGACGGUCUCGCCUUCAAUUUCGGAUCCCUUGGUUUUCCUUGGUGCAGAUCAAAACAAGGAAAGACUGUCGAAUGGACAACCAAGGAUUUGCUUAGAGGCUUAGAAGAAUUUGUACCCAUCUAUGAGACACGGCCAAUCAAGAAUAACAUGUAUGGGAUGGGCUUUGACCACAGCUUUGGACUCUGGUUUAUGGUGCGCUGGCUGAAGCCGGAUUUGAUGAUUGAGAGUGGUGCAUUCAAGGGGCAUUCAACAUGGGUAUUACGGCAGGCCAUGCCUGAUAAGCCAAUCAUAUCUCUCUCACCUCGUCACCCAGAGAAGUAUCUAAAGAAGGAACCUGCUUAUGUCGAUGGGAACUGCACUUACUUUGCUGGGAAGAAUUUUGUGGAUUUUGGAAGUGUUGAAUGGGACAAAGUACUGAAAAAGCAAGGAAUUUUGGAUAUUAGUCAGGUCCUUGUCUUCUUUGAUGAUCACCAGAGUGAACUAAAGAGAUUGAAGCAGGCCCUGAAGGCAGGUUUUCGCCAUCUUAUAUUUGAGGAUAAUUAUGACACUGGCACUGGGGAUCAUUAUUCCUUAAGACAGAUAUGUGAUCAAUCUUAUAUCAGAGGUGGUGGACAUAGUUGCUUUAGGGACAGCGAUGAAGCAAGGGUAAGGCGAAAAAGGAAAAUGCUUUGGGAGAAGGCUGUUGACAUAGAUGAAUUAUGUGGUGAGGGGGAAGCUUGGUGGGGUGUUCGUGGGAACAUGAGAGAUGAUUUUAACCACAGCAACAAGGCAAUUACUUAUGCAGAACAUUUUCAGAACAGUAGAUUUGUGGAGUCUGUGUUAGAUAUAUAUUGGGAGCUGCCACCGGUAGCUGGCCCCUCCUUAACCCACCAAACAAGAUAUGAUCCUGCCCGUGUACCUGAUCCUAUCAUUGAAGAUGGAAGGUUUGGUUUAUUUCGAAGGUUAGGCCUGUCUAGACUUGAAACUUCUGUGUUCAAUGGCUAUACACAGAUGGUAUAUGUUCAAAUAUCUACUUCUGAUUCCUAGUUGUUGUAGAAAAAAUUUCAGCUCGUUUUAUUGUUCACGAUGAAUCUAGAGCUUGUUCAGUCUAUUAACAUGUUUCAUUGCUCA